UUUCUUGUCAUCUAGGAUUUUAUCUUCUUAUUCUUUUUCUCUUUGUCUACUUCGCUAUUCUUUAUGCAAAACCACAUAUCAUUCCUCCAUAUGCAUCUUUAGAUGAAAAACAAGAUGCAGUUGCCAGAGCAAAUGAAGCCUUCCUCAACAAUUGGCAUUGUUAUGACGUAAACUAUCCUAUUCGAUAUUGUUAUGUUUGCAAAUGUUUUAUCCCUCAACGUUGCUUCCAUUGUUCUCAGUGUGGUUAUUGUAUCGAAUUAAAAGACCACCAUUGUGAUUACUUUGGUUUUUGUAUUGGUCGUCACAACUUACUUCUAUUUUACUUCUUCUUUCUUACCUUAAUAACACUUUGUCUUUACGGCUUUGUGUGUUUCUUCCACCUUUGUUAUAUUGUUGGUUUCGACACAUUUACUCCUCUCCGUAUUUUCAAACUCAUUGGUCUCCUCCACAUCCUUGCUUGUUUGUUUUUGGGAUUAGUUCUCUCUUUCUACUUCCUCCACAACUCUCUCUCCUUAUUAAUCCAUCGCAAAACACAAUUCGAGUUGUUGCUUGAACAUCGCAUCUCCCUUAAACUCCAUUCAGUUUGUUUUCUUUCUUAUAAUUCUUCUUCUUGA